AUGAACGCAGUCGUGUGUCCUUCGCUUUGCCAGAAUUAUUGUGACCCGGCGCUCUGUCCGAAUGGCCGACAUGUGGCCUGUCAGAGCAGCGGACGCUUUGUCAGCGGCUGCAGCGGACAGUUUGUGCAAGUGGACCCACACAUCCAGCAGAUCCUGCAACUCCACAACGAACGGCGCAACCUGAUCGCAGGCGGUGGGGUCAGCGGGUUCCCCAGUGCCGUGCACAUGGCCACCAUGAGCUGGGAUACGACCCUGGCCCAACUGGCUGCCUACAACGCACUCCAGUGCCGAAUGGCGCAUGAUGAGUGUCGGAAUACCAAUACGUACCGGUAUGCUGGACAGAACCUGAGCAUCCUCUUCACCAGGAACAUUGAAGUGGGGGAGUUUCUGCGCCAGCGUAUUGCGGCUUGGUUUGAUGAGAACCGCGACGCGACGGCCGCCGACAUGGAGAACUACCAGAUGCGUGGUGGACCGGCUAUCGGUCACUUUACGACCAUGGUGAACGAGCGCAAUAACAGAGUGGGAUGUGCCAUCGCCCGAUUUACGGACGCAAAUAACGUACAGGCGACCCUGCUGGCUUGCAACUACGCGGUCACGAAUGUACUAAACAACCCUGUCUAUCGAGCGGGAUCUGCGGCCACAGAAUGUGCAACAGGUCGCAUGCCCAACUAUCCUAACCUAUGCUCCUCCAAUGAGGUCUACAACUACAACCAGUGGUCGGGAUGA